AUGGCUUUAAAUCGUGCAGUAUCAGCAAAAAAAGCAUCUAAGCGUGAUUCCGAAGUAGAAAAGAAAGCACAAGAAUGGAUUGAAGCUGUUAUCAGAGAAAAAUUUCCAGAGGGCUUGUAUGAAGAUGCGUUGAAAGACGGCAUUAUUCUUUGCAAAUUAAUGAACACUUUACAACCAGGUUCUAUACCAAAAAUUCAUACUACUGGUGGUCCAAUUAAACUACGAGAAAAUAUUGGUCUAUUUCAAGACGCUGCUAGAAAAUAUGGUCUUGAUGGAAAUGAAGUAUUUCAAGCUGUCGACUUAUAUGAUAAACACGAUAUUCCACAAGUGACACUCUGUAUCUACGCCUUGGGACGUCUCGCUCAGAAAAAUAACUUCUCUGGCCCUCAACUUGCUCAUAACUAG